AUGCCGCCCAUCCCCAUCCACCGCAACGACCCCAUAGCUCCCGUAGCCGCAAAACCAGACGGGAUAACCCCUCAAACCCAAACCGACGACGCUGCCGCAAACCCACCACCAACCCGCACAAACCCCGCCUACGCGCCCGCAACAACAACAGCCUCUUCCUCCUCUCCUCCGGCACCACAACCCGGCGCCCGCCCGCCCGCGCCCACAGGCUCCUCCCACGCCCCCUCAGACUCCACACCAGCGCCUCCACAACCAGGCGCCGCCCCAGGAAGCUACACAGCAACCCACCACAUCACCGAAACGCGCCUCGAUGGCCCGCCACCCCAAUUCCACAUCCCACCACCCAAAGACGCGCAACUAUCCGGCCGCUCAACAAUUCCCUCCACAGAGCCCAGUAGGCCGGGGCCUACAACACUGAACAUGGGUCCCGCGCAACCCGCCGCAUCACCGUAUCAGUGUGAGCACAGGGGAGGCGCGGUGCAGGAGUUGCCCAGGAGCAGUCUGGAGGGUCCGCCUGGGUACCAACAGGCCCCUGAUAAUACGCCGUACCAGGCAGGAGGAGGGAUGGGUGGACAGCAGGAUGGAAGUGGUACAGAUGGAGGCGUUGGAGGAGCGGCAUGGAAUAUGUUGGCAAAGGCUGGGGAGGCGUUGAAAAAGGGUGAAGAGGCGGCCUGGAAGGCUGUGAGGAAUAAGUGA